AGCCGCGCGCGGACCAUGUCGGCCCGCAGCCCCCGGCCCCCGCCCCGCCGCUGCCGCCGCCGCCCGCCGCGCCCCGCCUGCUGCUGCUGCUGCUGCCGCCGCUCGCACCUCAACGAGGACACCGGCCGUUUCGUGCUGCUGGCCGCGCUCAUCGGCCUCUACCUGGUGGCGGGCGCCACGGUCUUCUCGGCGCUCGAGAGCCCCGGGGAGGCGGCGGCGCGGGCGCGCUGGGGAGCCACGUUGCGCAACUUCAGCGCGGCGCACGGGGUGGCCGAGCCCGAGCUGCGCGCCUUCCUCCGCCACUACGAGGCGGCCCUGGCGGCCGGGGUCCGAGCCGACGCGCUGCGCCCGCGCUGGGACUUCCCCGGCGCCUUCUACUUCGUGGGCACCGUGGUGUCGACCAUAGGCUUCGGCAUGACCACCCCGGCCACGGUGGGCGGCAAGGCCUUCCUCAUCGCCUACGGGCUGUUCGGCUGCGCAGGGACCAUCCUCUUCUUCAACCUCUUCCUGGAGCGCAUCAUCUCGCUGCUGGCCUUCGUCAUGCGCGCGUGCCGGGCGCGCCGGCUCCGGCGCAGCGGCCUCCUGGGCGCGCCUCCGGGGCUGGGCGCCGUGCGGCCCGAGGACGGGCUGGCGGGCUGGAAGCCGUCGGUGUACCACGUGCUGCUCAUCCUCGGGCUGCUGGCCGUGCUGCUGUCGUGCGGCGCCUCGGCCAUGUACGCCAGCGUGGAGGGCUGGGGCUACGUGGACUCGCUCUACUUCUGCUUCGUCACCUUCAGCACCAUCGGCUUCGGCGACCUGGUGAGCAGCCAGCACGCGGCCUACCGGAACCAGGGGCUGUACCGCCUGGGCAACUUCCUCUUCAUCCUGCUGGGCGUGUGCUGCAUCUACUCGCUCUUCAACGUCGUGUCCAUUCUCAUCAAGCAGGUGCUCAACUGGAUGCUGCGCAAACUCAGCUGCGGCUGUUGCGCGCGCUGCUGCCCGGCGCCCGGCGCGCCCCUGGCCCGGCGCAACGCCAUCACCCCGGGCUCCCGGCUGCGCCGUCGCCUGGCCGCGCUCGGGGUCGGCCCCGGGGCCCGCGACGGCUGCGACCACGCCGCCGCCAACGACGGCCGCCGCCUGUCCGGGGAGCUCAUCUCCAUGCGCGACCUCACGGCGUCCAACAAGGUGUCGCUGGCGCUGCUGCAGAAGCAGCUGUCGGAGACGGCCAACGGCUACCCGCGAGGCGCCUGCGUCCACACCCGCCAGAACGGCUUCUCGGGCGGCGUGGGCGCGCUGGCCAUCAUGAACGAGCGGCUGGCCGAGACCAGCGCGCCGCGGUAGAGCGCACGACGGGCGGGGCUCAG